UCCGUGUGGGACUCCAGAUCCACCUCGGCUCGGUUCGGCUCACCAGGUCAACAUCUUCCUCCUGCACACGUUUCAGCUGCGGAUGCGCGCAACAACUGCGGAUGGUUAUGUUUGAAAAGGAGUCAGGAAACCAACUGGACCCGUCAGCAACAACAGCCAUGCCUUCCAACAACUCUGGAGCGAUCCUGUCGGAGAGCAGCAACGUGACUGCUACAGCAGCAGUGAAUGGAGAUACGCCCCUUAUUGCCGAGGGCCUAUCAGAGAACGACAGUGGCGUCGAGUUGACCAAUGAUAACAGCCCGCUGACUGCAGUGGAGCCGCCCUCGCCCUUCUGCCCCAAACAGAGCGGGGGCGCCGCUUCGCCGCAAGAUGGUAACCAGCAUACGAGAGGAAGCAGGAAGAGGAGCAGGAAGAGGCCCGAGGAGGAGGAACCAGACUGGGACUCCUACAGCCACAAGAAGCCGUCAGGAACGUCUCAGUUGGGCUUGAGGCAGAGACCCAGACCAAGAACCAUCUACCAGGCCGGCCUGGCGGCGAACCCGCAGACCAAGCACCACAGGCAGAACCGCAAACAGGAGCAAAGCACCGUCAUGUACGUCGCUGGGCCUCGCAGAGCCACCGCCGUCGUAGCCAGGGAGACGCCAAAGGCGCCAUGUUUGGAGCUGAUGGAGCAAGACUCCAAAGACUCGGCCCAGAGCAGCAGCACCACGUCCAGCGCCGAAGUCCAGCCCGAAUACAACGAUAAUAAAGGUUUUGGCGUCGGCGAGCUGGUCUGGGGGAAGAUCAAGGGUUUCUCCUGGUGGCCGGGCAUCGUGGUGACGUGGCGUGCAAUGGGCAAACGGCAGGCCAGCCACGGCAUGAGAUGGCUGCAGUGGUUCGGAGACGGAAAGUUCUCUGAGGUUUCAGCGGACAAGCUGGACUCUCUCAUGGCCUUCCCCAAGUUCUUCAGCCAGGCUUCGUACACCAAGCUGGCCUCCUACCGAAAGGCCAUCUUUCAGGAGUCGAGUGUGAUGGCCAGUGUCAGGGCAGAGAAGACGUUUCCCCCCUGCGAGUCGGACAAUCCUGAGGACCAGAUCAAACCCAUGCUGGACUGGGCCAAUGGCGGCUUCCAGCCCAAAGGAGAGGAAGGACUCAAACCGACACGCAGCGCCAGCAGUAACCCUCUGGACCACCAGAUCCUCAACGUCUCUCUGCCAGAGUAUUUCCCCAGCGCUAAGCGGCCCAAAGUCAGCUCCUGCAAGGCCAAGGCUGCGCCCGAGGAGCCCUGUAGCAGAGAACAAAUGGUGAAUGAAGUACAGAAAAAGAACCGAAGUAUUGAAGAGUUUUGUCUCUCAUGUGGAAAGAUGAGAGCAGUAACCUUCCACCCACUGUUUGAAGGAGGCUUGUGCCAAACGUGUAAGGAUGUGUACCUAGAGACCUCCUACAUGUACGAUGACGAUGGCUACCAGUCCUACUGCACAGUCUGCUGCGGUGGCCGAGAAGUUCUGCUCUGCGGAAACACCAACUGCUGCAGGUGUUUCUGCGUGGACUGCCUGGACAUCCUGGUGGACCCUGGGGCGUCCAACAACGCCCGGUAUCAGGACCCCUGGCGGUGCUACAUGUGCCAGCCGCUGCUCCAGUACGGCGUCCUGAAACGGCGCCACGACUGGAGCCUGAAGCUGCAGGAGUUCUUCGCCAAUGAUAAAGGACAGGAGUUUGAGAAGCCAAAGAUUUACCCAGCAGUCCCUGCUGAGCAGCGAAGACCAAUCAGAGUCCUCUCCCUGUUUGACGGCAUUGCUACUGGCUACCUGGUUCUGAGGGACCUGGGCUUUAAAGUGGACCAGUAUGUGGCGUCGGAGGUGUGUGAGGACUCGAUCUCGGUGGGUGUGGUCAGACAUGAAGGAAAGAUCCACUACGUCCAUGAUGUCAGGAACAUCACCAGGAAAAACAUUCAGGAGUGGGGGCCGUUUGACUUGGUGAUCGGAGGAAGUCCCUGCAACGACCUCUCCAUCGUGAAUCCGGCCAGAAAAGGCCUGUUUGGAGGAACAGGAAGGCUGUUUUUUGAGUUCUACCGCCUGCUGAGUGAGGCCAAGCCCAAAGAAGGAGAAGACCGUCCGUUCUUCUGGCUGUUCGAGAACGUGGUGGCCAUGGGCGUCAACGACAAGAGGGACAUCUCCCGCUUCCUGGAGUGCAACCCUGUGAUGAUUGACGCCAUAGAGGUCUCCGCCGCCCACCGCGCACGCUACUUCUGGGGGAACCUGCCAGGGAUGAACAGGCCGCUCUGCGCCUCUGGGAUGGACAAGCUGGAGCUGCAGGAGUGUCUGGACCACGGACGGGUUGCAAAGUUCGGGAAGGUGCGAACCAUCACCACUCGCUCCAACUCCAUCAAACAGGGGAAGGACCAGCAUUUCCCGGUGCUGAUGAACGGGAAGGAGGACGUGUUGUGGUGCACGGAGCUGGAGCGUAUCUUUGGAUUCCCGGUUCACUAUACCGACGUGUCGAACAUGGGCCGCGGCGCCAGGCAGCGGCUGCUGGGCCGGUCCUGGAGCGUGCCGGUCAUCAGGCAUCUGUUCGCGCCGCUCAAAGAUUACUACGCCUGCGAAUAAGCAGAAACCACAGGGACCUGAAGACGUCUCAGCCACUUUCGCAUGGAGAGAGUUACUUUGAUUUAAACCAGGGCUGCAGAAAAACCAGGGCGGCUCUUAUUGGACGAUUAAAAAGAGAAAAAGCCCAUCGAUUCAUCCAGAAUCAGAACCGGAGUUUAUUAAAGUCCCUAAGAAACGAUAAAACUCUAAACAAAUCCACUUCGUUCUCAUUAUAAUUGGUAAAAACAAAACCGACACUUAUUUAAAAAAACCCUCCUUUAUUUUCCUCAUUUUUAUUUAUUUUGACCAAUAAACUGAAGUUUAUUUGUCCAACCGGAGUGAACAGAGUUGUUUUGCUCAACUUUGCUGGAAAAACACAAAAUCUGACCAAGUAUUUUCAUCUAGUUUCUAUUGCGAAAAAUCUUUUUACAGUAAAAAAAAUACAAACUUAUAAGUAAGUUUUCAAGAGCUUUCAAAUCAGUAAUUCCUUAACAUUGAUGAAAAAGUUCUCACUCUAAGCUAAGUGCUCUGAAUACGUUUCCCUCACACUUUAUCACUACAGAAAUAUUGACCAAAACAAGCUCUUUUAUGAUUCUAUGAAAGUUACUUAUAAGUUAUUUUUGUCUUUUUCCAAGUAUACUAAGAUAUUUGCAAUAUAAAUUACACUGAAAAUACUUAAGAUUUUGUGUUUUUGUAACAAAGUUCACUCUGAUGUAAAUAACAAUAAAUAAGUGGAUAAACUUUAAUUUAUUGCUCAAAAUAGGUAAAAAUGGGGGAAAUAAAUUUGGUCCAUUUGAAUCUCAUUCCCAUGUUCAAAUCUUUCCUAAAAGUUUCCAAAAUGUUGUGCUCUUGUUAGAUGUUUGGAUUUGGAAGCAAAUCUUCAGAUUAUUUAGAAAGUUUUCAGCGUCUGAUUCUGUUGGAUUUGAUCUGUUAAAUCAGCAAAAAGAAAAUGUGAAACAGUUUUAAACCAAAAAGCUUACUUCGUGUUCUGCUACUGACUGCUGUUGGCUAAAUGUUGUGAAACUUGUUCGGCCUUUUCGGGGAAAUCUGCACAUUUCUGAACAUUUUGUACUGUAUCCGCCAGAAACCUCUGAGCUCUACGUAUUUUCCUGCCAGGUUGUGUUUGAAGUGACCUGAAAUGUAAAAUCUGUCACCAGAUCCGUGUUGAAAUCUACGAUCUGCUCAUGGUGCACGGUUUCUUUUACGUACUGUAUCCGCAGAAAAAGGUUUACAAGACUUUGUUCAGCAGGAAGGAUUCCUGUUAGACACUCAAGCCUUCAUAAGAACACUUUUUUACCUUAGUUUUUUCAUGCUUAGUUUAUAUAUUUUUUUUUUUUUUUUAUUAAAACCUCUCAUCUUCUGCUUUAAACUAACAAGUAUUAUUAGUUUGCUUUGCUUUUAGAAUAUUAUCCAGCUUAAUGUUUCUGAACAUUUUAGCAGAUUUUUUAGGAGUUUUAUGUCAUGUAUGAGAGUGUUUUUAGGCAUGUAAACUAGACCAUAUCUGCAGAGUAGUUGCUGUAUUUUUUGUUUUAACAGUAUAUUUUUUCAUAUUAACCUCGCCUUUAAAAUCAUCUCGGAUACAGAGAUCGAGUUAUUUUUAUAUUGUUUUGCAACAGUUUAGAGAGAAACACUUGUACUACUUGUAGCUGCUUUUAUAAUGUUUUAUAUAAUAAAAAGCAGCAUUGCUGCACAGAACACAAACAGGUGUCAGUUCUUUUUCUUUAAGUGUUUUUGCUUUUCCACCCACUUUUACUCACUAUUCAAUAAUUAUUAUGUUCAGCUUAAAUUUUGUUUCAUUUCUUCUGGCUUUAGUUGGCAGGAGUUCCUAAAGUUUUCAA